GUAGCAGGAAGGCUCUUUGAAUUCUGUAGGCUAGCAGCCUCUGAGCCUGUGGACUACAACUCCCGACGUCCCCAUGAGCGACGGUGGGCGGGAAGAGGCCCCAGUAGCGCCAUCGGGGUUCUCAACUCCCUGGUGACAGCAGCGGCAGGAAGCGGUAGGAGACCCCCCCCUCGCUGUAGGCCUGUUGUUCUUGGAGGGGAAGAUUCUGGACAUUUCCCCACAUAAUUCCCAUUUGUGGGCCCAGAGUCUGCGCAUGGAGCAGCCUCCAGGGAACUGUACCCUGGAGGAGAUUCUGGGCCAGUAUCAACGGAGUCUCCGGGAACGUGCAAAUAGAAGCAUUCACCAACUGAAAUGUGCCCUGAGAGAAGGCAAUGUCUCUGUUGAAGAAGAUGCACCAGAUCCUUCUUUUAGCACCAGCAUAGGAAAUGAGGAUGCUGGGAUGGCCUGGCACGAACUGCAGUGCAGCCAUGCUGUUAAUCAGCUCAAAGCCCUUUUGCUCCAACAAGCAAGCAAGGAAGUUGAGGACUCUCCAACAAGAAGACAAAAAAUGUCUCCUUUGAGGUCAUCAAAAUACGAGGAAACUAAUAUGCCGACCGUGCACAACCUUGUUCCUAUCAUUAAUGACCAAUCUCAGUACAUUCAUCAUUUAGAGGCAGAAGUCAAGUUCUGCAAGGAUGAACUCUCAGGAAUGAAAAAUAGAAUUCAAGUAGUUGUGCUGGAGAAUGAAAGACUCCAGGAAGAGCUGAAAUCUCAAAGACAAGAGGAGACAAUGAGGGAACAAACACUCCUGGAUGCUUCCGGGAACAUGCAGAACUCUUGGAUUACGACAGGUGAUGAUUCUGGAGUGAAUGAAGCUAUCAAGAGGCCAUUUUUCCAUAGCAGUGCAAAUAUUAGCAAAGAUGCAUUUGCUGGUGAGGCUGAGAAAUGGAAGCUGGAAAUGGAGAGGCUGAAACUUACUUAUGAGAAGAAGAGUGACACCUUGGAAUCUCAAUUGAAGUUUUUGAGAAAAGAUUUAGCUGAAUAUCAGAAGACCUGUGAAGAUCUUAAGGAGCGACUAAAGCAUAAAGAAGCUCUUCUUGCUGCUAAUAGUUGUAACCGUGUUGGUGGUCUUUGUUUGAAAUGUGCUCAGCAUGAAGCUGUUCUUUCCCAAACCCACAAUAAUGUUCACAUGCAGACCAUCGAAAGACUGACCAAAGAAAGAGAUGACUUAAUGUCUGCACUAGUUUCUGUCAGGAGCAGCUUGGCAGAAGUGCAGCAGAGAGAAGGAAGUGCUUAUGAGCAGGUGAAACAAGCCGUGCAAAUGACUGAGGAGGCCAACUUCGAAAAAACCAAGGCUUUAAUCCAGUGUGAGCAGUUGAAGAGUGAGCUGGAGAGGCAGACGGAAAGACUUGAAAGAGAACUUGCAUCUCAGCAAGAGAAGAGGGCCUCUGAGAAAGAAAUGAUGAAAAAAGAAACAGCAAAGGAGAAGGAGGAAAUGGGAUCGAAGAUUUUGAGCCUAUCUCAGAAUAUUGCCCAACUGGAAGCUGAGGUGGAAAAAAUUACAAGAGAAAAGAUUUCAGCUGUUAAUCAACUAGAGGAAGCUCAAAACCAGCUUGUUUCUCAGGAAAUGGAUGUCACAAAGGUGUGUGGGGAAAUGCGCUAUCAGCUGAAUAAAACCAAAAUGGAGAGGGAUGAGGCAGAAAAGGAGCACAGAGAGUACAGAGCAAAAACUAAAAGGGAUCUUGAAAUUAAAGAUCAGGAAAUAGAGAAAUUGAGAAUAGAACUGAGUGAAAGCAAGCAGCACUUGGAACAGGAGCAGCAGAAGGAAGCCCAAGCCAGAGAGGAGUGCCUGAGACUAACAGAACUGCUGGGCGAAUCUGAGCACCAACUGCACCUCACCAGACUGGAAAAAGAUAGCAUUCAGCAGAGCUUUAGCAACGAAGCAAAGGCCCAAGCCCUUCAGGCCCAGCAAAGAGAGCAGGAGCUGACACAGAAGAUACAGCAAAUGGAGGCCCAGCAUGACAAAACUGAAAAUGAACAGUUUUCAUUGCUGACCUCCCAGAAUACAUUUUUGACAAAGUUAAAGGAAGAGUGCUGUACAUUAGCCAAGAAACUGGAACAAAUCUCACAAAAAAGAAGAUCUGAAAUAUCUCAGCUCAAUCAAGAAAAGAGAUAUGCAUAUGACAAACUGGAAAAGUUACAGAGAAGAAACAAUGAAUUGGAGGAGCAAUGUGUCCAGCAUGGGAAAGUGCAUGAGUCAAUGAAGCAAAGGCUAAGACAGCUGGAUAAGCACAGCCAGGCCUCAGCCCAGCAGCUGGUGCAGCUCCUCAGCAAGCAGAACCAGCUUCUCCUGGAGAGACAGAGCCUCUCGGAAGAGGUGGACCGUCUGCGGGCCCAGUUACCCAGCAUGCCACAAUCUGAUUGCUGACCUGGAUGAAACAGAGUGAGAUAAAUGAUUUACAAAGAGAUAUUUACAUUCAUCUGAUUUGUACUUAAUAUGCCACAACGCACCGCGACCUUCCAGGGUGACAGCACUGCGAGCUGCAGUGGGACUGGUCCUUAGUACCACGUCUGCUGUCCUGCACUACGGACGGGCUGGAGCCGAGGUCUGUGCUAGGUGAGGAGAGCUCCUGACGUGUGUUUUCAGAAAUGGCUUGAAGUCGUUAUGUUUUAAAAUCUCCUUUGUAUGCUAGGAUAUACAUAUGAAUUUCAAUAAAUGAACUUUUUAAAGACUUGAAUUGUAAUGUUUUCUUUUUACAC